UUGCCACCGUGGUUUUCAGUGGCUGAGAACAAAAAGGAGUCGUGGCUUUGUGCCCUAGUGACACGGGUGGCCUUCAGUGCCUGGGCCAGGCCUUUUCACGCGUUUUCCUCUGAUGUAGCGGCCGCCUUUGCCUCAUCACCCAGAUGUCAUUUCUUCCAGGCCCUGUCCUGGAGCUCAGCCAGGGCAAGGCAGGGCGGCCUAGCCCACCCCUCCUAGCCCCUCUGACUGUGUGCUCUCUCUGCAGCACACUGCCCUCGGCAAAGACAACCUCCCAGACUCGCUCUGCCCACCACCGUGGGCCCCCUGGUAUGCUGCUGGGGGAAGCCACCAAGCCUUCCCAGUGCCCUGCCCAGUGCCCGCCAUUCCCCAGCCUCGACGCCAAGGAUGUGGGCCGCAGAAGGCAGAAGAAGAGGAGCCGGCAGCACCAGCGCUUCAUGGCUCGCAAGGCCUUGCUGCAGGAGCAGGGACUGCUUAGCUCGGCCUCGGGGACCCGGUCCUCCCCACAGCCCGGCCCUUCCCAGGCACCAGGCGCACCCCCUGCCAGCAGCAGGAGCCAGCAACUGAAAGCUGGCACUGGCCAUGGUGAUCCAUGCAACAAAAAACCCAAGGGCAGGGAAGCGCCAGGGCCCAGCAAGUGUGUGGCCAUCGACUGUGAGAUGGUAGGCACUGGGCCCCGCGGGCAUGUGAGCGAGUUGGCCCGCUGCUCCGUGGUCAGUUACUAUGGUGACGUUCUGUAUGACAAGUAUAUCCGGCCUGAGAUGCCCAUCACCGACUACCGUACACGCUGGAGCGGCAUCACGCGGCAGCACAUGCACAAGGCCAUCCCCUUCCGGGCAGCCCAGAAGGAGGUCCUGAAGCUCCUGAAGGGCAAGGUGGUGGUGGGGCACGCGCUGCACAACGACUUCCGGGCCCUCAAGUACGUGCACCCCCGGAGCCACACCCGGGACACCACCUGCGUCCCCAGCCUGCUCGGCCAGCCCGGCGUCCACACGCACGCACGCGUGUCCCUGAAGGACCUGGCUCUGCACCUGCUGAACAAGAGGAUCCAGGUGGGCCGGCACGGCCACUCGUCGGUGGAGGACGCGGCCACAGCCAUGGAGCUGUACCGCCUGGUGGAGGCGCGCUGGGAGGAGCAGGAGGCUGGCAGUGUCCGGGCCAGCCCCGACGACUGGAGCCCUGACAGCAGCACGGACUUGGAGCAGUUCAUGGAGGACCAGUACUGGCCCGACGACCUGGCCCAGGGUGCCAGGGGCCGCUCUGGAGAGUGAGAAGAAGCAGGCGGAUGGGAAGCGGGACCGGAGUCCUGGGCACUUGCUCCUGGGCGGUGUGUCGGUGUUGUGGGGCCGGGCAGGUGUAGGCUGAGUGCCUGUCCACGUGUCCCGGCUGUCAGUGGCUUCCUUGCCCCGAGUCACCUGGGGUCACAUGCUGUCACCACCAGGGUGACAUUGGGGGGGAGCACCGUCUCCGUCCCCAGGCUGGGGUGUGGUCGGGUCUGGUUUGACACCCUCCCCCUCCAGCGCCAUGGUCAGGGUCACAGUGGCUGGGCUCUGCUGGGUUCAGCCCCUGGCCACCUCAGGAAGCACAGAGAGCCAGACGGAUGCCUGCCUGGAGGACCGGCACACUUGUUUUAACCCAGAUCAGGGCCGCCCCUUCUCCCCUCCUCUGGCCUCCAAACCAAGCUGCUCC